UUGCUCUAAUCUCAAAAGGCCCAUCUCACGGAUCUUGCCCCUCUCUUUCUCUCCACCUCCUAUAUAUAUAUAUAAUAUAAUCACACCAGCUCUCUACAUCUAGAUAGCUGCAUAAAAGGCCUUGAGAGAUUUCAGUCAUCUGGGUCCAAAAUAUUCUAAACUCUGCUACUGCUCUGCAACAUUAUCAGCCUCUACAUUGAUUGGAACACCAAUUUUGAAAAGCACACAUGCCUUCUUGGAAAAAAACCAUCACAUCUCCAUUCAGGAAAGCUUGCACUUUCUUCAACCAGCAGCCAGGCAGAGAUCAGAAGAAAUCCCAGCUGCAAGGGAGUGAAAGUAGCGUGAUGGCUCUGCAUGGUGAAGUGAUGGCAUGCUCAUAUGAAGAUGUUCAGGUGAUGUGGUCUAUUCUGGACAAGUCCAAGCCCUCAGCCUGCAACAUCACUGCUUCUUAACACAGAUGGAUGGCUAUGGCUAAAAAAUAGGCCAAUAUCCAUCCCCAAAAACCAAAACGAAAAAAUACCGAAAAAAAAAAAGAAGACCCAAUUCAGCAAUUAGCAUAUCUGUGUAUACCAUUU